CCGUUUGUUUGUUCUUAUUUGUCGCAUCUGGUUUUUGUCUCAUCUGGUUUUUGUGUGUUUGGUUGUGUCCUUUUGUUUGCCUUGCUGUCGCCUACAUGUCAGUAUGUCUGUUUGUUGACACGUGUACCUGUUCCUGUUGGUAUGCCAAGUGGGCUGGCUGUCAAAAACCAACAUGCCGAUCGAGAUGCCACAUGGACUGCCUUUCUCGGUCGACAAGUGGAGUGUGGAAUCGAUGUCGAAACCGUUCCACUUCCUAACUCAUGCGCACAAGGAUCACACUGAAGGAUUGUUAACAAAUGCUCGCCAUCCAGUUUACUGUUCGGCAAUCACUAUGGAGAUUAUCCUCCAGCGACAUCCUGGGCUCAGCAGAGGGUGUUUUAUACCCAUGGAGAUCGGUGUGCCAACCACCAUCCAUGGCCCUCAUGCAGAGGCAUUCACUGUCACGGCUUAUGAUGCCAAUCAUUGCCCAGGAGCAGUGAUGUUCCUUUUUGAGGGAGAAUUUGGCACUGUCCUUCAUACGGGAGAUUGCAGGCUGACGACGCAAGUCCUGGAGAUGCUUCCUGCAAAGUUUCUUCGUCUAGCGCCGUCCGAUGUGUCGAGAUCUAUGGCACCGGCUUCAACUGCAGAGGCAGCUGCAGCAGCAGCAUCUGCUGCUGCUCCUCCUAAUUCCUCCUCCUCCUCCUCCUCCUCCUCCUCCUCCUCCCCCUCCUCCUGCAUCGACUAUCUCUUCCUUGAUUGCACUUACGGUCGCCUCACCAAGAACUUCCCUGAUCGGGGGGAUGCCAUUGAUCUGGUGAUCAAGACAAUCGAGGAGAACGAUGAGGGAAAAAUCAUAUACAUCUCAUGCGAUAUGCUGGGAACGGAGGACGUGCUGGAUGCGAUCGCGACAACAUUCCGCACAAAAAUCUACGUCGACCCGUCGAAGCUAUCUGAAUGGUGGUCCGAUCUCCAGAUCACUAGCGAAGAGAUUGUUGCCAGUGAUAAGCACUCAACACGUUUCCACGUGGUUGCAGGACCCGGACUGUGCAAUUUUGCCACACAAGCAUUUGCAGAGUCAAAGUCAAAGGGCGAUCCCCAACCGUUGAUCAUAAGACCAUCUGCCCAGUGGUUUACCGACAAAGGAGCAGGCGAGGGCACAGGUUUCCUUCACUCCUCUUCCUGGGAAACUUGUGCUGGUGGAAUUACGCCCAAAACGGCCGUUCCUGUCCGUGCGCAGGCCAAGGAAGGAAGGAGAUCUUCCUCCUCCUCGUCUUCAUUGCUCUUCUCUUCCUCCUCUUCUUCCUACUAUCGCUCUUCGAUCGGUAAUCCCCAUCGACAUUGGACAAUGGCAGGUGCUGAAGGGGUGGUCAAGAUGCCAGCACCUACAUCUUCUGCGCCCGUUGUGAAGGAUCGGUAUGGCGUUUGGCGGGUACUAUAUUCUAUCCAUUCAUCGAGGAGUGAGUUGCGGAACGCAAUCAGAUGCCUGCAACCUGUUUGUGUGAUCUCAUCGACUCCCAAGAGCAUGCCUGACCCUGCUGCAUUGGUUCCAGAUGGAAUUCCCACAAGAUCGGACUUAGAAUGCCCCUCGUUGAUGGACCCCUUGAGGUGCUUGAGGAGAGGGCGUUGUUCCGCCGAUGAUCAGCGUCCCCCUCGAGACCUAGCGAUGAGUGCCUCGGGUGAGCACGCUCCGCUCAGAGGCCCAGUUAUGGGUGCCAUUGAGGAGGAAACAGAUCUGCGCGAUCGGGGGGAUCGGCGGGAAAGCAGUAGAGUUAAAACAGCAGCAUGCAGUCCCUCCAUCUCUGGCAGAUGUGAAAACGCUGAAGGUGUGCAGCGCAAGCGAGGACACAGCGAACUACAAGUGGGAGGCGGGAGAAGUGCUGCGAGCGAGGGGGAGGAACACCAGAUGAUUCUGAAGCGAAGAGGAGUCUGUGAAACACAAUUGCAGACAGAAGACCAUGUUCAGCAGCAGCAGGAGAAUCAACGGCAGCGGCAGCAGACGGAGCAGGAGAAACGGCGAAAGUGGCACGGCCAUGAGAAUGAACAACAUGGGCAGCAGCAAGAUAGGUCCAAACGAGAGGAGGAGGAGGGGGAGGAGAGUAAGUUAUUAUUGGCACGUGAUAUUUAUCCAGAAGCAGCAAUAGCUGAUGGUGUCGCAAAUAGUUGCUGUUCUACUGUUAUUGCCAAGGUUAGAGUGGGGCCCGGUGCUGGGAGCAGGUCGGGUGAAGGAUUCACUUCCCCGGCACCGGAUUGUGAGUAUCUGGCAGGAAGGGGGCGGCUGCAGGCACUGACACCAGCGUGUCAGAUUUUAUCCCCUGAGAAAGAUAAGGCGAAGGGUGACGAAGUCGGAGGUCAAGUGCCGUCCAAGAUGGUGGGGAAUUCCCAGGGGUUGGUUGCUCUGCUUUCCGUGCGCGACAUUCCUCCUUCGCCGCCAAUGAGCUUUUCGUCAGACUCGGACAUUGAUGGGGAUGGUGAAGAGCGGGGAGAGGAGGUGGUUCAAUAUGAAGGCAAGGACGAAGAGAAGAGACCCUCAGAUUCUCAUCGAUCGGCUCUGGAUGCGCAAGCACUUUUCUCCGAAGUUUCAUCAGAGCGAUCACUUGGAAUCGAUGGAAUGGAUCAUCAGGAUAUCAUGAACGAUAAGGCAAAUGUUGCGACAGCAAGGAUGCGUGCAACCCUGCCCCUGGAGGAGAGCAGUCCCUCGUUAUGUAACGUUAAUCUGGGCAAUCGCAGAGAUAACACUAGCAGUUUCGCCACUUCACGACAGGAAAUGGCAGGACCGUUGUCCGAUGUACCAGCUUCCGGAGAGAUGGGUGGUGAUGUUGUGUAUCCUCCUUGGUCCUGCGUCGCUGACAGAUUUCGUACGAGAAGCGAACACUCCGCAGGACUGAAAAGCGUUACGGCAAGCAAAGUUCAUUGUAGUGCAGGCAUACAGCACACUCAGAUGAGUGACAUCCAGAGCUGCAACGUGUCACACACAGAAAAAGGGGAAAGAGACUGGCGAAUAAGUAAAGGGAUCCCGCUCCGGCACGAGGGUGGGUGUGAAAGAGGCUGUGAUGAUAGCACAGGGUGUCAAGAUGAUCGGUCAGGAUUGGCUGCGCAGUGUGCGGGCCAAUGUGAUGCCUCCUCUCUUCGGGAGUCCAAAUCUGACAUCUAUCGGAACGUUGGUACACACUUAGGCACCGCCUUGAAUGACGAGUCAAGAAAUGUGCUCGGUGCCCAGGGUUGCGAUCAGGACCCCUUGACGCUCUUGUAUCGCAAGUCCUAUCUUCCACGUGUGAAACCGCUGCGAAGCCUCCUGGGGCGGAGGUAGAUGAUCUAGGUGAUGCACUGGUUUGCGGUGAGGAGGAUGGAUGAUUUGGAGCUGAUGGACUCAAGUUGAGCCCAUUAUCAGAAUGGAUUGAUCUUUUUUUGUGCACUACAUCGAUUUGACAGGACCACGCUGCCGUUUGGCCUCUAGCACGACCGUAAAAGGUUUUCAGCAGUUUGCCGGCGAGGGUUAGUGACUGCGAUCUUCGCUCGUAACCGACAAGAUUGCGUGUGUGGGGAAAGUCAAGAAAAUUUUGGUGCACAUUUGCAGAACCUUUUUCUUUUUCUCCAUGCGAAGAAAAAAAAGCCAUCAUAGCCAACACGCGCAUCGUUGAAGCUGCUCAACUGCAGGGGUCUCUGACUGGAGACGUCAGAGCAGCAGGCAUGCGCAUCGUUGGUUUGACUGGCGGGAUUGCAAGUGGGAAGUCAACAGUAUCACGGGAGCUUCAAGCUCAAGGAAUC